AUACCGAGAAAUAUACUCACAUUAGUACAGAUCGGAGCCUCUGUUAUAUUUAAUAUUAAAAAUAUUUCAACUUUGAUUCACAAUGCCGGUUAAUGUGGAGCUAACCCUGGAGGAGAUGGUGAGGAUUGCUGUGGGAGUGCCGGAGCUGACCCACGUUAAUGUGGCCGUCCUCCACAGUCUGUUGAAUGUGAUCCUAAAGAAGCUCAACUGCGAUAAGGACAUGGUUUCCAUCCGAGGCUUCGAAGGAAAGUGCAUGGAGCGCAUCCUACAGCAGUCCAAGAUCUCCCCCCUAGCCUUCGAUGUGGAGGCCAUUGUGCCUAUUUCCGAGCAACUGGACAAGGUGCAACUGCUGGAGAAGCGCAUCAAGGAUCUGGAGACCAAGCUGGAGUGCCACUUCCAGCAGAUUCGCAUCUGCAACAGGGCCAAGGACAAGAAGUAUAGGAUCCACACCGCCGAGCAGUACGCUUCGCCGUGCGAGGACCUCUGCACCGCCUGCGACGAGGACAACAAGAUCGCCUGCAGCCUCCUGGCCAACAUGGACUUUAUGAAGAAGCUUAUGCGACGCAUCGCCACUCCGAUCCUGGACCAAAUGGAGGAGGUCAGUCGAAAACUGGAGCAGUUCUACUUGACGCUGCAGAGGUUCCUGCAGCAGACCGAGGAGCUCUUCAAGAGGCUGGAGCUGGUCAAGCAAUGCGUGGUGGAGAUCGAAAACCUGAGGUCUCUGGUCCAGGAGUACAACCUGACUUUCCUUGGCACCAUGGAGGAGCUGCAGGACAUGCUGGACAGCAAGCUGGACAAGGUCCACAUGCCGGCUCUGAAGAAGUACAUUCGCGAUCGAUUCGAUGACAUCGAUCGUCGCUUGCAACUCAUCGAGGACAAGGAGGCCUGUCCCCGUGCCGCCGGCUUCAUCAACACAGGACUCUGCUGUCUCUCCUGCAACAGCACCAAGGUUGGGGUGGAUGUUGGCCCCCAGACCAUAGGUCUUUUCCCCGAUGCCCCAUCAAGGCAACGCCCCCUUGUCGAUCCUGCUCACUGCCAGAAGAGCAUUGUGUGUCGUUCACUGGAGAAGGAGCCCACUCUAAUGGUGCGGGUCAAGAAUCUCGAUUUGGGUGUCCUUUCUCAUCGCCUCAAUCGUCCUGCCACGGGCAAGGUGUGCAAGCUGCCCGAGGCCAACGAUGCCAUCUACGGCGUCCGCAAUUCCUGCAUAUCUGGAUAGGCUCUAUAGCCUCUAUAGUUCAA